AGAGACGUAACACCGUUGAGCAUUUAGCUGUGGAGGUACUCUACAAACAUGGCAGCAGUCGGACCUUUAGCAAGAAUCGCUAGACUGGGUUCACACAUCUGUAGGAACCGCCAGUUAUUAUGCGACAGAGGCUCAAACAGACGAGGGAUAGCUUCAUGUAUCGACCCUUCUUAUGGACUCACAGAUGAACAAAAGGAGUUUCAGAAAGUAGCCUUUGACUUUGCAGCCAAUGAAAUGGCUCCACACAUGGCAGAAUGGGACCAAAAGGAAAUCUUUCCAGUUGAGACAAUGCGAAAGGCGGCCGAGUUGGGGUUUGGUGGGAUUUAUGUUCAGCCGGAUGUUGGAGGAUCGGGUCUUUCUCGGCUCGAUACAUCAAUCAUCUUUGAAGCUUUAUCCACAGGAUGCGUCAGCACCACAGCAUACAUCAGUAUCCACAACAUGUGUGCAUGGAUGAUUGACACUUUUGGCAAUACUGAGCAGAGAGAGAAGUUCUGUCCUGACCUCUGCACAAUGGAAAAGUUUGCUUCUUACUGUCUCACUGAGCCAGGCAGCGGCAGUGAUGCUGCAUCGCUGUUAACCACUGCACAGCGGAAAGGAGACCAUUACAUCCUGAAUGGCUCCAAGGCUUUCAUCAGUGGAGGAGGAGAUACAGACGUCUAUGUUGUAAUGUGCAGAACAGGAGGCAAAGGAGCCAAAGGAAUCUCUUGUUUGGUGGUAGAAAAGGGAACACCAGGCCUCAGCUUUGGCAAAAAAGAGAAGAAGGUGGGAUGGAACUCCCAGCCGACCAGAGCAGUGAUAUUUGAGGACUGCGCGGUUCCAGUCACCAACAGGCUUGGGGAGGAAGGACAAGGUUUCAAUAUCGCCAUGAAAGGCCUGAAUGGCGGCAGGAUUAAUAUUGCAUCCUGUUCUCUUGGUGCUGCACAUGCUUCUGUAGAACUAGCGAGGGAUCACCUGCUGGUUCGCAAACAGUUUGGAGAAACACUGUCCAACAACCAGUUUCUUCAGUUCAAACUGGCAGAAAUGGCCACCAGAUUGGUUGCAUCCCGCCUUAUGGUACGAGAAGCUGCGACAGCUCUUCAGGAGGGUCGGCGUGAUGCCGUUUCCCUCUGUUCCAUGGCCAAGCUUUUUGCUACAGAUGAGUGCUUUAAUAUUUGUAACCAGGCUCUUCAGAUGCACGGUGGGUAUGGUUACCUCAAAGACUACGCAGUGCAGCAGUUUGUGCGUGACAUUAGAGUACACCAGAUCCUAGAGGGAACAAAUGAGGUGAUGAGGAUGAUAAUCUCCAGAAAUCUGCUGACAGAGUCUUGAUGAAAUGUUCUUCUUGAGCCCUUAAUGGACUUCAGUGGUGACCCUUAUGCAGUGUUGUUGGUCACUACCUCUGAUUUGUUACUGUGUGACUUGUUUCCUGAAUUAUUCUAAAUACUGUUGAUGUUCCAAAGGUUUUUGGAGCACUAAAUAUACAGUUUAAAAUGUGGUAAGUUUUGGCCAUUCUGCUGGAAAGGCAAGGUCUAGUCCUCAGCAUUUGUCUAAAUGUUUUUCCAAGACAUUUUUCAUUUUUGUGCAAUCAUGGCCCCUGCACACUGAAUACUAAUGGUAUUAAUAAUCCUCAUGUAGCAACACCUUUAGGUCAGUUGACCACUUGACACCAUCAUUCAUUCACUUAUGGCUGAUUGAGUACACCCCUAUCCUUUAAGAUUCAUGCCAAUAAAGCAUUAUAGUGCGCUAAAUGUUAGUGUGACAAAUGUUAUUAUAUACACUCUAGCAUUAGCACUGAGAACAAAAGUGGCAUAUUUACUUAAAAUAUAUAACACAACUGAUAGAUGUUCAAUCAAGACUUUGUACUGAGCUGAGGUAGACAAACCAUGUCUGAGAUAGAUAGUAUUAUAAUGGCUGGUAUUUAAUGGGUGAGGGCAACUGUGCCCUGAUGCACUCCUAGAGUAAGUAUAGUUUGUUUUGCUUUAAGCUGCUCACAACACCUGUGAUUUAUGCUGCAUUCCAAAGUGCUGGGAGGUAGAAUAUAUCUCACUUGGAGUUAACUAUAUCCCACCUCAGAGUAUUCCAGGUGAUCCAUGUUGAACAUAAACAACAAACAUGGAGAUCACAUAUCCAAGCUCCUAUUUGCUUUGUUACUGGAGUGACAUUUUGGCUGUUGACAGUAGUGUUCUCAUAUACGCAAAUGAGAUGGAAGAGGCAAAAUGACAGAUGAGCUAGUUAUACAUUGUGAAGUUUUUUUUCAUUGUGAACUUGCACACUGUGUGCUGCCAUUGUUGUGCUGAUGUCACAUUGCAGUUUGCUGUGAGGUCAAGGUACUUAUAUCUGGCCCCACUUUGCAACAAGGACCUCCUGCUUGGACAGGCGUUCCAUACAUUUUACUGAGUUGAAUGUCGGAAACUUCCCAUCUUCCAGCACUCUGAAAUACAGCAUAUAAUAUAGAACCAAUCUUGAUUAGAUUUUAACAAACUUUCUUGUUGAGUAGCUAUAAAAAUGUAGCUAAUGCAUCUCUUCCCUGAAGUGUCCUUUCUCUGUCUUGGUUACUGUAAAGUUACUUCAUUCCUCUAUUGUGCAUUUUGUGUAAAAACAUAGUCUACUACCACAGACAGAAUUAUGUAGAAAGAACAUUAUAAUGAACCACUACUGAAAUGUUACUUUGGAAGUUGUUUGUGGAUCACACUCCAAAUAAAGGAUCUCAAAUUUCA